AUGAAAUGUGUCACAUAUAAUCUAUCUAUCUAUCUAUCUAUCUAUCUAUCUAUCUAUCUAUCAUGGUUUUUUACAAAAUUCUUUCUUUCUUUUUUGUUCGUUUGUUAUUCUCUUCAUUUUUUUUGUUUAUUUUUUCAUAAAUUUUAUUUUUCUCUCUUUUUAUUUUGUGCUCAGUUUUUCUUUUUCCAUUUUUCUUUCUUUUUGAUUUCCUUCCUCUUCUUUCUUUUUAUUCAAUUUUGUUUCUUUUCUUUCAUCAGUUUGGUUUCUAGCAUUUUAUUUUAUCAUUUCAUUUUCUUCUUUUUCUUCCUUUUAAAUUUCUUUCUUCCUUUUUCCUUUUACCCAUUUUUCUUUUAUUUUUUUGUUUGUUAUCUUUAUUUUUUUUUUCAUUAUUUUUCUUCUUUCUUUUUAUCAAAUUUUUUUUAUUUCUUACUCAUUUUCUUUUUCUUAUUUUUUCUUUUUGUUUUCCUUCAUUUUUUAUCAUUUUUUCUUCUUUUCAUUAAUCUUCUUUUAAGUUUUAUUGUUUUUAUCUUUUUCUCCUAUUAUUACUUUUUUCUUCCUCUUUUUCUUUCAAUUUUUUUCUUUUUUAUUUUCAUCAAUUUCCUUCUUCUGCCAUUUUCAUUCUUUACUCUCUUUUCUAUUUAUUUCUUUUUUAUUCUCUUUUCUUUCUUUCUUUUCCUUCCUUCUUUCUAUUUCUUAAUUUCCCUUGAUUUUUCUAUUCUCUUUUUCAUUAUUUUCAUUUUUUUAUCAUUUUUAUUAAUUUUCUUUUCAUUAACUUUUGUUUUUUAUUGUUUUCUUCUCUAUUUUUUCUCUUUUCUAUUUUCUUCUUUUUUAUUUUUUGUCCUUUUUCUUACAUAUUUUUUGUUUACAACUUUCUUCAUUUCUUUUAAAAAAAUUUCUUUCUUUAUUUCUUUCUUGCAUUUUACAUUUUUUUUUAAUUUAAUUUUUCUUUUUUUUCCUUUUAAGUUUUUCAUCUUCUCUUCUUCCUUUCACAUUCAUAUAUUUUAUCCCCACUUUUCUUUCUUUCACUCUCAGAAAAAACUCUCUCUCUCCCCAAUCCCUUCCCUUGUGAUCUACUUUUUCUUCUCUCUCUUUACUAUCACUUUCUUUCUCUCACAUCCAUUCUCCUUCUCUCUUGACAUAACAUACUUUUUCUUCUUCAGUCUCUCUCGUCUAUCAUUUUAA